AGUGUCUACCGUCUGACGUCAUGAAUGUGCAUAGUAAACAGAGGCCAUGACAUAGAAAAGGCUGUCCUCUUUAAAGAAAAAUGUUUCAGGGAUAUCGUUUUAGCAAUACAUAUCGUUGAUACGACGCGUUAUCAAAAGAAAUCUAACUUACACUGCAAUAUGGCAACGGGUGGUGGAGCAGCACAAAAUCUGGAAGGACAAGCCUCGAACUACGCGCACUCUGGAGUGGGAAGAAACGCCGCAGCGCUUCCGAAUGGAGCCGCAGCCGCUGCACCAAUUUCCCCUUCGGCAGUAGGCCUCCACCGGGAGCCCAUGUACAAUUGGCAAGCCACAAAAAGCUCUGUUAAAGAACGGUUUGCCUUUCUGUUUAAUAAUGAGUUACUGAGCGAUGUGAAGUUUGUGGUGGGCAAGGGCAGACAGGCACAGAGGAUCCCGGCGCAUAAAUUUGUACUAGCAGCAGGUAGCGCUGUAUUUGACGCCAUGUUCAACGGGGGCAUGGCGACGACCUCAGCCGAGAUAGAGCUUCCGGACGUGGAGCCAGCCGCAUUCCUGGCGUUGCUCAGGUUUCUGUAUUCUGACGAAGUCCACAUUGGUCCAGAGACUGUCAUGACCACACUUUAUACUGCAAAAAAAUACGCGGUUCCUGCAUUGGAGGCGCAUUGUGUAGAAUUUUUGACCAAGCACCUCAGAGCCGACAACGCUUUCAUGCUACUCACACAGGCUAGAUUGUUUGAUGAACCUCAACUCGCCAGCCUCUGUCUGGACACAAUAGAUAAAAGCACAGCAGAUGCAAUAAAUGCUGAAGGCUUCACGGACAUUGAUUUAGACACGCUGUGCGCCGUGCUGGAGCGCGAUACGCUGGGGAUUCGGGAGAGCCGCCUGUUUGGCGCGGUGGUGCGCUGGGCGGACGCAGAGUGUUAUAGGCAGCAGCUGCCUCUCACCUCUGAGAACAAACAGAAAGUUCUGGGCAAAGCGCUCACGCUCAUUCGCUUCCCACUCAUGACUGUGGAAGAGUUUGCGGCAGGGCCUGCCCAGUCUGGGAUUUUGUUCGAUCGGGAGGUGGUAAAUAUGUUUUUACACUUUACAGUAAACCCCAAACCCCGCGUAGACUACAUUGACAGGCCCAGGUGUUGUCUCAGGGGGAAGGAAUGCAGCAUUAAUAGGUUCCAGCAGGUUGAAAGUCGCUGGGGAUACAGUGGCACCAGUGACAGAAUUAGGUUCAAUGUAAAUAGGCGAAUAUCAAUAGUGGGGCUUGGACUGUACGGUUCUAUUCAUGGACCCACAGAUUACCAGGUCAACAUACAGAUCAUUGAAAGUGACAAGGGCUUAACUCUUGGGCAGAAUGACACAGGGUUCAGUUGUGAUGGAACGGCAAGCACAUUCAGAGUGAUGUUCAAGGAGCCUAUUGAAAUCAUAGCAAAUGUCAGCUACACGGCUUGCGCAACACUCAAGGGUCCAGAUUCCCAUUAUGGAACAAAAGGACUAAAGAAAGUGAGUCAUGAAUCAGCGACAGGGACCAAGACAACCUUCUUCUUCUUCAGCUCUCCAGGGAAUAACAAUGGCACGUCGGUAGAGGACGGACAGAUUCCAGAAAUCAUCUUCUACUCAUAAAAAUACCAUCGGCUGGAACCCACACUGUACGCACACUGUAGAGGAGGAACCUGCUCUGUAUACAUGCACCGCUGAGAAGAUCUCAAUCUCAACUGUGUGUUGAGCUGGGCUUUCAAAACAUACUGCCGUUUAUGUGCAUUUGACUAAUCCUCAUGGCUUGCUCUCAACUGGAACAAAGUGGUCAGUCCAGGAACAGUCAGAUCAGGGACGAUACCAUAAGAACUUGUGACUAUCAGAGCUACAUGUAUCAUCUGUCUCAAACAGGGCCUGUAUGUUGUUAGGGAUUGCUCACAGUGCUCUGUCUCUUCUGUAAAUAGCAGCAGCCUGUCCUGUGAUGGUUGUUUUUUUUUUCCUUUCUACAAAUGUUUAGUGAUUUCCCCUCGAUGUUGGCUGUGACUUUGCAGGAAUCAUAUCAACAUCAUGCUGAACUUUGGCGUUCUCUUUUUUUUGUACUGUCACGUUUAGUUGGAAUAAAACACUAAAGAGUA